UCUGGAGCGUCCAGUCAUGGAGUCCGACGAGCAGGACAGUUUACUCGAAGCGGAGAACGGUCAACAACGCCAACAGCCCUAUGGAAUCCAUUCCACCACCUCACGCAUCAAACGGCGGGUCAAAUAUUACAUACCCUCGACGGACUGGAUACCCAACUACUCCCUAGGUCUACUCGCUGGCGACAUCAUCUCAGGCAUUACAGUUGCAUCCAUGCUCAUUCCCCAGUCUGUCUCCUAUGCCACCUCUCUUGCACACCUCACGCCAACAGCAGGAUUGUUCUCAGCAUCUAUCCCGCCCAUCGUUUACGCCCUCUUAGGCACUUCCAAGCAACUCAACGUAGCUCCAGAAGCUGCCUUGAGUCUGCUAGUUGGUCAGGCUGUUAGUGAUGUCCAUAAAGCCCACCCAGCAUCUGUCCUUCCAGUUGCUACAGUCAUUACCCUUCAAGUCGGCAUCUUCUCCUUUCUGCUAGGCUUUUUCAGAUUGGGCUUCAUCGACAUCGUCCUUAGCAGAGCUCUCCUCCGCGGUUUCAUAGCCGCCAUCGCAGUCGUCAUUAUGAUUGAACAACUCAUUCCUAUGUUUGGUCUGGUAGAUCUCGAGCAUACCCUCCAUCCCAGUUCAACUAUCGACAAACUUCUUUUUCUCUUGAAACACACACCCGAGAAUUAUCAUGCCCCCACAACGAUCAUAUCCUUCUCUACACUGUUCAUCCUUAUAUUCGCCCGUUCGGCCAAAAAUCAUUUGAAAACUUACCGUUAUCUCGGGUGGAUCGAACGGCUCCCAGAAGUCCUCGUUGUAGUCGUCCUCUCCACCGCUCUUUCGUCUGCAUUUCGUUGGGAUCAAGACGGCGUAGCUAUCCUCGGUGACGUCCCCAUCCACCAGGGAACCUUUUUCGAAUCCCCUUUCCACCACCACACUCUAAAACACCUCAAACGCACCACUUCAACAGCCGUCGUGAUCUCUGUUAUUGGCUUCCUAGACUCUAUCGUCGCAGCUAAGCAAGCUGCUUUGCGGUUUGGGUAUUCCGUCUCACCGAACCGGGAGCUGGUUGCGUUAGGAGCAGGGAAUCUCCUGGCGUCGUUUGUUCCGGGGACGCUGCCGGCGUUUGGGUCCAUCACGAGGACAAGGAUCAAUGGAAAUGCAGGGGCAAGGACGCAGCUCUCAUCGAUGGUGUGUGCAGGAGUCAUCCUGUUGGUAACGUUCUUCCUUUUGCCAUUAUUAUGGUUUUUGCCAAAAUGUGUAUUGGCGAGUGUUAUUCUUUUGGUGGUGUGGGGUUUGAUGUUAGAAGUUCCGGAAGAAGUGGGGUAUUACUAUAGGAUGAAAAGUUACGCCGACCUCUCCCUAUGCCUACUCACCUUCUUCACGUCCAUCAUAUGGAAUGUCGAAGUAGGCAUUGUAGUUUCACUUAUAGUCUCGUUGCUUUUGGUUGUUCAUAGGAGUGGGAGAGUUAGCAUGGUCAUUUUGGGCCGCAUUCCGGGAACCAACCAAUGGAAACCUAUUGACGAGAACUCCGCGGUAGAAGAUGAGGAAGACGGUGUAUUGAUUGUUAGGGUUAAAGAGGCUACUUUAGACUUUGCGAAUACGGGGAAGAUGAAGGACCGCCUCCGCCGGAUGGAACUCUUUGGUCCCUCUGUUUCCUCCGGUGCAAGAAGAGGACCAAGACCUCAUCCUUCCGAUGAACCACAAAGAAAAGAGCCCACAACCAUUAUAUUCCAUAUGGCUGACGUGGAAUAUGUCGAUGCUACCGCUGCGCAAAUUUGGUUGGAAAUUCUGAGCGGGUAUUCCGCGAGGGGUGUGAGGUUGGUGUUUACGCAUGUGAAGUCUGAAGUGUUGGAAACUUUCGAGAGGACUGGGAUUGUCCAGAUGCUUGGAAGGGAAGAAGGGUUUAAGAGAGACGUUGCGGAGGCUAUGGAGGCGGUUGGUCAGGAUAGGAUGGCGAGUAGAGCUGAGAGUGAGAGGAGUGUCUAGUCCUGAUUAUAUAUUUUUUUCGCGAGAUGACGAUCUCUACGAAAGGCAAGGAUGAAGUGGAGAUAUAGACGAUAGGUAGUACUUAGACUGUUAUUAUUUUCAGCUUUAAUUAAGGUCCUAAUAGUUUUUAGAUGUUA